AUGCCACACAAGAUUGGCUUCAUAGUUGUCAGCUCCUCAGGACAUGAGGAUGGCUUCUGUGCCAAAGAGCUGAUGGUUCACGCACCGACGGUGAAUGGAUGGCGGUCACCCAGGCUGUGUCAGUACCCCCAGGAGAUCGUUCUGCAGCUGGUGGAGCGGUGCCGGAUCCGCAAGCUGCAGCUGCUGGCUCACCAGUACAUGAUCUCCAGCAAAAUCGAGUUCUACAUCAGUGAGAGCUUGCCUGAAUACUUUGCUCCCUACCAGGCAGAGAGGUUUCAUAGGCUGGGCUAUGUCCCUCUCUCAGACAAUGAGAAGACUGAUUUUGAAGCACGAGAGUUGAAGUCUGUGUAUGUGGAUGCAGUUGGCCAGUACCUGAAGCUGAUUUUCCAUAAAAAUUAUGCCAAUAAAUACAACUUGUAUGGUCAGGUUGCUCUUGUAGCUGUGAACAUUAUUGGUGACCCGGCAGACUACAGCCAUGGCAGCAAUCACACUCCUUCCAGGGAGAAGCUGAUAGACCACUACUUGGGCAUUAGGUCAGAUGAUCCUGCCCUGGAUGGAUCCUACCUUGGGAAGUCUGACUCCAUCUCCCCCCUGGAUGAUCUGGCCUUUGACAUGUACCAGGACCCCGAGGUGGCGCAGAUAAUCCGCAGGCUGGACGAGCGGAAGCGCGAAGCUGUGCGCCGUGAGCGCUACGACCAGGCCAAGCAGCUCAAGCAGGCCAUUGCCGACCUCCAGAAGGUGGGGGAGCGGCUGGGGCGGUACGAGGUGGAGAAGCGCUGUGCAGUGGAGAAGGAGGACUACGACCUGGCCAAGAGCAAGAAGCAGCAGAUGGAGGCCUACCGCCUGCAGGUGUACCAGCAGCUGCAGCUCCACCACCUGCUGGAUGCAGAGCUGCUGGAUCGAAAACCUGAGCUGCCCCUGGAGCCCCUGACAGACCCUGGCAGCCCUCAGCACUCAACAGCUGCAGCUUCACUCCCUGCUGAGCACAGAGAACAGCACAGAGAAGAGCCCUGGGCAGCAGAGCCUGUGCUGGAGGAGAAGCCAGCAGCUCCCACUGCUUCCCAGCCCCUUCCUCCCCAUCAGUCCCCUCCUCCUCCUGAGACUCAUCUCACAGCCUCCAGGGAAAAGGCUGAACUUCUGCCCUAUGAUGAGAGACCCCUGCCAGCCACCUGCAAGGAGCCUGAGGCCUACCUGGAGCCAGAGAGGGCUGAAGAGGCUCUCAGUGAUGCCCCAGCAAGAGGCAUCACAGGGGAACCAGAACCACUCAGUGAGAAGGCCCUGAGGGAGGCCAGCCCUGCUGUUGAGGUGUUUGGAGAAGCUUUGGUUUCAGGAGCAUAUUCCAAAACCUGGUGCUACCGAGAGGAUGCUCUGCUGGCUGUGUACAAGAGGCUGAUGGAGAGCUCGGUAAACACCCCCAGGGAUGAGCUGAAGAACAUGCUGAGGGCUGCCAUCUUCCUUGUCAGGAGAGCCAUCAAAGACAUCGUGGCCUCAGUUUUUCAGGCUUCCCUGAAACUUCUGAAAAUGAUCAUUACCCAAUACAUCCCAAAACACAAACUGGGGAAAGUGGAAACCUCUCACUGUGUGGAAAGGACACUUCCCAGUCUGCUCUCCAGAGCAGGAGACUGCUCAGCCCGGCUUCGCCUCCUGGCCUCCAGCUUCAUCCAGGAGAUGGCCCUGUGUGCUGAGGUGAAGCCUCUGCAGAUUGUUCCAGCUCACUUGGUGCAGCCACUGAGGCCCAACUGCCCCCCACACCUGGCAAUGAGCCAGCUGCAGUUGGUGGAAAGCCUCUUGAAAGAGCUGGGGACUGAAAACUCAGGGUUCACAGUCAGCAGUGUCAUGAAGUUUGCCACAGGAGCUCUGGAGCACAGGGUGCAGGAGGUGCGGGAGGCGGCACUGAGGAUCAUCUUUGCUCUGUACAGGAGGCACAGAGCUGCUGUGCUGCAGCUCCUGCCCCCAGCACAGCCCAGCAGGAGCCUGCUCUACAAAACCCUCCUGGAUGGAUUCUCCAAGAUUGAUGGCAAAGACUCUGAAGCUGAAGUGAGGGCACAGAGAAAGGCAGCAACAGAAGAGGCAGAGAAGCAGAAGAAGGAAGAAAUAAAAGUUCUGCAAGAUCAGCUGGCAGCUCUGAAGGAGAUCCAAGCAGAAGUUCAAGCUGGAAAGGAGCCAGAAUUUGAUUUGCAGAAGCCAAAGAAUGAAGGUAGCAGAAGCCCACAGUCUGCAGCAGAGAUGCCAGAUGACCACUCUUCUGUUGCCAGUUACUUGGACAAUUUAUGCAUCUUCUGUGGUGAGAGAGAUGAAUCCUUCACAGAGGAAGGACUGGAUCUGCACUACUGGAAGCACUGCCCCGUGUUAAUCAGAUGUGAGCACUGCAAGCAGGUGGUGGAGAUAGCAAGCCUGACAGAGCACCUGCUGAGUGACUGUGACAGGAGGGACAGCUUCGGGAGGUGUCCCCGCUGCAGCGAGGCCAUUCCAAGAGAGGACUUCCCCAGGCACCUGAGGAGCAAGGCCUGCAACUCUGCCAAACCAGAGGCUGUGGCAAACCACUGCCCACUGUGCCACAACAACUUUGCCCCAGGAGAGGAGGCCUGGAAGGCUCACCUGAUAGGCAGGGAUGGCUGCAGGAUGAACAAGCGGAGGGUGGCCCCCGUGAACAAAACCCUGCUGCUGCAGCCUGGCAGAGCAGCUGGAAGGAAACCUGGUGCUGCAGGGACAAAAGCUCAGCCUCCAUCUCUAGCAAGCAAGAUCCCAGCCCCAAGAGGGAGCCCAAAUAAAAGCACUGCCAAAACCUACUCAAAGCGAUGACAGGAAAAGUAUUUUUGUCUUAAAAACUUGA